GCCUAGUAUAAUAGUAUAACUAAUAGGAACUAGGAAUUUCGCAAUAAUACUCUACUUUUGGUUCUACGUUAUAGUUAACUCGCGUUUAGAUUAUUCUUUAAAAAGUGAAAAAAAAUUUAAGAGUAGAACCAAACGAAUAUUUCAUGACAUCAUCAUUAAUUCAUAUGGAUUAUCUCUCUCCAAAAAAUGAAAUGAUCUUUGCAAAUUUUGUUUUGGAACAAGCUUACCAGUGGCAAUUGUGACGACGAACUUCCGGUGUAAACAUGUUCAACUUCAUGAUUAUAGAAAUUUCAAAAAUGCGUCAAUAGUUGCCACUAGUUUUGAAAAUGGAGGUAUACGGCACAAAAAAUGAAGACUGUAUCAUCGUUUCUUUUCCUUUGUUUGUUCAACUUGGCUGCUCUGAAUGAAAUACAGGAUCAUUCUCAUCAAAUUAAACUGCAUUCAGAUAUUCGACACUGUAAGAUUUCACCUAGUGUGUUCCUGAAUGUCUUCACAGUAUUGGACUGCUCAGAGUUUGGAUAUCAGCAAAUUACGAGGCAUUGUGGAAGGUUUCUCACUGUGCAAGAUACCCAUGAAUCACGUCAACGUUUCACGAUAUCAAGGAAAGGUGCAAUAUUCAGAGUAUUGUUCCGUGACAAAGAUGCAUAUUUGGCAAAUGCAAAAUGUUGUGUUAUGGAGUUUGAAUUAUUUCAGGAGUAUUUUAUCUUGUAUUCAGAGAGUGAGGGAGUGAGUUAUGAUUGUGAUGUAGUGAUAGUUUUGGACAAGAACGUAGUUUUACACAAAAAUGUGAAAAGAUCGGCAAAACGUAAGGAGGAAGGCAUAAAGAUUUCUCAGGAGAGAGUACAUGAAGGGGAUCAUUCAGAUGUCACUGGUGCUGUGAUUUAUAACUCUACCAUACGAUCAUCCAGAGCAGCAAAUGGAACUUUCAGGAAUAUGUCCAGAUUCAAUGAAUCGAAAUGGGAAAUGAUAGAAAGAAAAUUAACGAUAAAGUUAUCCCAUGAUCCGGAGUGGGCAAUGCUGAGUAUGACUUGCAUCAUUCUGCUUCUCCUGUUGGCUGUUAAAUGUUGUAAACUGACCGACAGCAGACAAUCAAAACUGCAGUAUGUGGAUUAUAUUGAGGAUUGGCACACCACUACUGUGAAUGAGGUAGUUAGAAGAAAAUCUGCAUUUUUGGAUAUACUAAGAAGAUUCAAGAACAAGAAGAGGAGAAAACAGUUGAAAAGAGAUGACAGACAGCGAUUAUUAUCUAAGAAAAAGAGUCACAGUGAUGGAGAGGACCAAAUAUCAGAUGAAAGUGAUGAAUUAAUCAAUUUAUGAUCCAUAGUUAGGCCUAAAAAAUUUAAAAUUACUUGGUUCUCAGGUCUGCCUGCAUCUGUUUAAACAAUGCACAUUAACCAUCUGCUCUUCUGAUGAGAGAAAUAGAUUUAGAAUCCCCAACUGCAAUAAAAAUGUUUGACUAAGUCAGGGUCAUCCUGUUGUUUGCGUAAACAGUUCAAUUCUGUAAAUGGCUGAUGGUGUUAUGUAUAGUUACAAAUAUUUCAGUGUUAUAUAUCUGUACAGAUACGAAAAGGCACAAUGCUUAUUCUGCCAUGGCACAUAAUGGGAGGUUUUUUCUGAUGCUUGCUCUAUGAUGGAACUGUUUAAAAGUCAUGAGUUUGGAAUUUUAAAAAAAUCUGUUGUCUGUUUUUCAUUUGAUUAAAAAAUGCGCUCCCUUUUUGACAAAAUUGACCCGAGAACUAAGUAAUUAAUUUUUUUGGUCAUAUGUGGUGGUCAAACAGGUUCAGUAACUGGUGCCAGAUAUAGUUGAGUUGGUAGAGCAUGUACCUGAUUAGAGAUUCGUGGGCCUGGGGCUCAUUCCAGUCUGUUGCAUUCUCUCCCCUGUAACAAUUCUAAAUGGAAAUUUGAUAUCUUCUGUAUUCAUGCAGAAUAAUAGGAAUAUUUAUGUUUUAAAAUAAGAUAAUUUUUCAUAUUACACAUUAUAUGAUAUUGAUAUGGUAAAGACCUACAUGUAAAUCUCAAGAUUUAACUGGAAUAAUACAUGGCCUUGUUCAGAGGUUUGGGGGGAAAAUUUAUCGGCUUUAUUUAAGAAAUGUCUUUCAGUUUUUUAAUGUAUUUUUAUGUAUUUUCAAAACUGAAAUUUAUUUUUCAUAUUCACAUUUACUUUGAUUUCUGUCGGAAUGUUGCCAGCCGUUAAAUUAGACUUACUGUGCAUGUAUUUAUCAAGUUUCGUAUGCACAUUGUCCACAUUCAUGAGGAAAUAGCUUGGUGAAGAUAUCAAAGGUAAAAACAUUGGAAAUGUAGGUAUUAGAUGACCUUGAGCUUCUUCACAUAUUGAAUGCAGCGUGCUCACGCUCUGUGAAAUAUACGCUGGCGUGAAGAGGCUCAAGGUUUAUCAUUUCGUAUACUUUCAAAAACUGAAACUUAACAUGUUCUUAUAUUUACAUUUUCUAUUGUAUUUACCUUGUUACAUACAAUGUUAUGUCGUUAUGUUGACUGCACUUUCUUCUGUUAUUGAGCAUUUGAAAACAACAGCAUCACCUUUAAUGGUCACAGUCAAUAAUGUUGAAUAUACCAUGUUUUAACGUUUGAUUGUUAUGUAAUACAUGUACAUGUAGUUGCUAUUUCUUUUUAAAUCUGUGUGCAAAAAUGAAAGUAUAUGAGAAAAUGGCCUUAGAUUUCUAUUGGUAUUAAUAUUAAGGGAAAAAAGUUAAUGUAGAUACCGUAGUAUAUCCUUAUAAUAAAUUUUUAGGUUUGAUAAAAGUUUAGCAAA